AUGGUGAAAGUGUAUGGCAUAGAAGCGCCUUCGCUAGGAACGGUACAACGCUGGGCUGCUGAAUUCAAGCGGAGCGGGAGCCUGGCGGAUGAUCACGCAGCGGACGACCAGCGACGCUCGCUGGUCGUCCUGUUCGCGAGCACCAACCAAGAACAAGUUGCUGCAGUUGAAGCGAUUGUGGAGCGAGUGUUCAUGCAGAGUGCUCCAUACAGAGUCAACAAAGCUAGAGAUAUGGCAUCGAAACUCAGCCGAGAAGCUGUGAUUUACAUGUUUCAGCAAGGUCAUUCACCUGCAAAGAUCAUCAAGGAGCUGAAACUGCCACGAUCCACUGUGUACAAAGCCAUUGUCGGCUACAAGGAACUUGGUACAACUCAGGAUCGACCCAGAAGUGGCCGUCCCAGUGUCUUCAAGGAUCCUGCUCUUCGAAAGCGUGUCAAACAGCUUCUCGAUCGAAACCCGGAACGGAAGUGUCGAAGUCUUGCAAAGCACUUGAAGAUCAAGCGCGAAACUCUGCGCUCCUAUCUUAGAAAGAAGUUGGGCAUUUUCCCUUUCAAAAAAAGAAUAGUUCAGGAGGCAGAAUACUUGGAGGAGGGGAAAAGUAACACUUCGGCAAUGAAGAAUAUGCUUACUUUGGCCCCGUGGGAAACCCUCUGGAUUUACUCCGAUGAAGACAUCUCCGUGAAAUCCUUCUACGACGCUGACAUCCAGAGAACCAGCUUCCUCAUCGAGACGACCCUGAACAUACCGCCCGAAAGAGCACUCGACGAAGACUGGAAUGGAGCUGGGGAUUAUGCCAAGUGGAAUCCGAAUGUUGCUCAAAGCUUUAUCAUCCAGAAGAUCAGCGAGAAUUGCCAAAUAAUUCGACAAAUCACGAACCCGCUUGUAAACGGCUUGAUUUGGAGCCGAGAUAUUCUGCUCUUGUGCCAUUGGGAAAGGGAUGGGGAGAAGAUUUACAGUUCUGCUGUCAGCACCACUUGCCAGGAUGUUCAAGCCUCAGACGAUUACGUCCAGGCGACGUGUUACUCGGGAUCGGGAUUCGCGUAUUCUCCAGCGGAAGAAGACGGGAAGACGUUAUUCCAGUGGAUCUACAACACGGACAUGCAUCUGUCGUUUAUGCCAGAUGCCCUAUUGAACACGUUGCUCCCGAACGGCUUCAGAGAAUUCAUCGGUUACUAUCGGGCUCGAUUCGACAAAAUCGUGGCACAUACAUGAGGACAAUCCGCGG